UCUCCGGCAGUCUAUAGCACGACAACCCAUUACAACAAAACUCUGGGGUCUGUCCUGCAGGAUGUGCACAAUAACUGUGCCGUGGAGUUUCUGCCUCCUGUUACUUCUAGUUUUGACUCUGAAGAUUGGCACUGCAAACUCUGGUCCUGAUUUCUCUCAAUAUCUCCACACAAUCCUGAAGAACCACACAGCUCAUGCUUGCGAAGGAGACACGCUCAUCAUCAAGUGUCCUUCCAGGACGUCUGUUUCCGUCCUGUCUGCUUUCUAUGGACGACGUGUUCCCAAUCAGUAUCUCUGUCCCUCUGCAAACACCAACAUGACUGUGGAGGAGGAGUCAGAGUGCACUUCACCUGUAGCUAUCCAGAAAGUGGUGUCAGAGUGUCAGGAUCGCCGGUCCUGUCAUAUUCCAGUCUUCAGUCCAGUGUUUGGGCAGGACCCCUGCCCCCUCACCAGCAAGUACCUUCUAGUCGCCUACAAGUGCAGACCAGAGCACCAUAGCACGAGACUGGUGUGUGAAAACGAGCGUCUGAGGCUGAUGUGUAAAAAUGAAACUGUCCUCGCAAUCUACUCAGCAACAUUUGGACACCUGCUGCACGGCAGUCCUCACUGCCCCCAGGAGCCGGGAUCACACGCUGACAUGGAGUGUUUGUCCCCUUCAGCUCUGAGGAAGGUGUCACGCAGGUGUCAUGGCAGAUCUAACUGCUCAGUUCUGGCUGAUACCCAAACCUUUGGUGACCCCUGCUUCUCUGGCACCAGGAAACACCUGCGGGUGUCCUUUACUUGUGUGCCUCGGUAUCUUCUGGACGAUGUCGGUCGAGGUUCAACAGAUCCCUUUAUGAUCACAGAUUAUACACACGGUGGAUGGUACACAGGCCCAGCCUACAGGCCUCAUAACGUGCUCUUAACCAACUCUCUGGAGAUCAUAGAAAAAAUAUUGGGUCUCCCAGAGCGAGUAGCUCUGUACUUUGUCUCUGGCAUCUGUGCCGGUCUGGUUUUCCUGCUCUGCAUUUUUGGUCUGCGCUCCACGCUGGUGAAAGACGUGAAAGAUCUGGUUUCUGAGCUGAACGAUGAGCUGAAAGCAUCUCGCAGACGUAAAAAGGAGCUCAUGGAGGACCUCUUUGACGAUGACAUCUCAGACACGUCAUCCUUCUGUCGCCUCACACAGUCGUACCGCACAGCAGACAUCUUCAGCCCCUCCACCCUGACUGUAGAGAUGGUCGAGCGUGAGGGGGAACAGACAAGAGAUCUGCCUAAUGGAGACAUCUGGCCACCCCGAGACUCCAGCCCUUACGCCAUUCACAAGAUUAAAACCUACAACAACUGAGGGAAUGUUUGAUUGGAACUUUAGCAUCCUUCUGCUUUGAAUUUCAUUUGUGGACUAAAUUUUAAACUUUGUGACAAUGCACCAUCCAGCUUUGUUAUCGGCGUCUAGGUAGUUUAAGUAGCUUAAGCAGUAGGAAAAUGUUUUCACCCAAAGGAACACUUUAUGCUCAGUUUGAAAAUAAAAAUGAUCACGCUCAAAAUUACAGAAAUUGAAAAAACAAAGUUGCAUCUCCUCCAGGUAAAGGUUGGAAUAGAUAACUAACAAGUAGGCUAAUGUAUUCAGACAAAUGUUAUGUAGUAAAACGUAAAAUUACACAAGAGUAAAAUAAGGUGGUUUGUACUUUAGUUUCUUUCCUGGUUCAAUAAAGUUUAAAUACACAUUUUUAUUUAAAAUGCAACAAUAUUCAAUGAAUAAUAGUGAGGGUGAAAGAUUUAGACUUGCUAAUUAUUUCAAAUAUUCCUUUCCCUACCAUUGUUGUUUCUUUGUUAUGUAAAAAUAUAGAGAGCAAAUUCUACUGUGAAGCAAAUCUUUAUAAAUAAUAAAGAUUUUGUUGGAAGAUGUAAA